GGCGACGCGUGUUAGUUCUUAACGAUCGGUGAAACUGGUUAGUAGUGAGUAUCGAAUUCGCGAUCGCGCGCGCAAAACGUUCAUUACCACGCUGUCGUCGAACUCGAACACGUGUACCCAAGGGGACAAUGUUACGGUUAAUUGCGGCUAUUGCAUCACUGCUGGCGGUGCUGUUGAUACAGAUUCGCGGAUCGGAGAUACUGAACGAUGCCCACAUCUAUCGAUCUUUCGCGUCGAAUGAGAUCGUUCCGGACGUGGUGGACGAAGCGCCGGACUGUUGGCUGCGAGUCGCGUACAAAAGUGGUCGCGAAGCCGAAGGAGGCAAUCGGUUAACUCCGACGCAAACCCGAACCGUUCCGUCGCUCAGUUUCAACACGAACGAGCGAUCAUUCUACACGUUGCUCAUGACUGAUCCGGACACACCGAGCCGGGAUGAUCCGAGGGAUCGGGAGUUCGUGCACUGGGUCGUCGGUAACAUUCAAGGCAACGAUCUGGAUCGGGCGGAGACCUUGGUGGAGUACGUUGGGGCUGUUCCGCCCAAGGGAAGCGGAAUGCAUAGAUUCGUGUUUCUCCUUUACGAACACGAGAACCGUCUGAACUUCACAACGGAAGUGCGCCUGUCGAAUCGCUGUCGGAAUCCGAGGCGGUACUUCUCCACCCGAAACUUUGCCCAGAAGUAUGGCCUGACGAAUCUGUGGGCGGGAAAUUUCUUCCAAGCCCAGUACGAUGACUACGUGGCGCAGCUGCAGGGACAACUGUCCGAAUGUACUGAGUACAUCAGCCGAUCUGAAUGGCCCGAGGAAUGGAACCGUGUUCGGCGGUUGAGUGCUCCGUGAUUAAAUUAGAGUUAUAUAAGUUGAAAUAGCGUAAUGAAAUUGUUAAACAAAUAAACUACAGAUGGAUUUAAAUUUAAAACGCGUACAUAUAUUAAAAUUUAAUAAUGAGAGUACCCUUGGGGCGACAGCUAAAGCCGUAACUCUAAAACAGUCGUUGGCGUUUUUUAGCACAGAGCAGAAAAUUAGAAUCUUUUAAAUGUGUAUUAAUUCCUAUGAGUAGCAGCCAAUAACGUCGAGUAAACGUCGUAAUGCAUGUAAAAUUCAGACCACGAUAGGAUUUCAUGAUUUUUCGACACCCCCACCCCCCUUGUAAGACUUUUUGUAUGAGAACCCAAGUAGUUUUUUAUGGCGCGUAAGAUUUCUCAAACCCCCCCCUCCCUCCAUAAACCCUUACGUAAUUAAUA